AUGACGGAUGUCGGCAUGGUAGAUACUUUACAGAAAGGAGGAAUCAUGAUAGAUCCCUCGCAGAAGGGAGGAAUCAUGAUAGAUCCCUCGCAAAAAGGGGGACUCAUGAUGGCGAUUAAAGAAUGCUUCAGUGGAACUGUUGGUGGUAUCACACAAGUGUUAGUUGGCCAA